CCCACCAUGACCGAGCGGUGCAGCCUGUGGAGCGCCCUGUCGGCCGCCGCCUGCUGCUUCUACCGCGGCUCCUUCGUGCAGGUGCAGGUGAGGGGGCGGCUCGGCCCCCGCCACGCGCGCCGGGUUGGGACCCCCGGCCGCUCAGCCCGGGGCCCUAGAGCCAGCCGGGGAGCUGCAGCUCCGCGGCGCCCGGCAGGGUCCGGCUGGGCCGGGCCGGCCAGGAGAGGGGGCGGGGUCGCCCCAGCCUCACCUCUGGGCGCCCAGGCGCUCCGCGGGGUGAGGGUUCGGCGGCCACUCCUGGGACUCCGGGCUGCGGUGGAUGCCGGUCCGUUUCUGCCUCCUCCGCAGGAGCGAGAGAGCUGGGGCAGGGGGGACCGGGAGAUGGGGUCUCCGGUGUCCUGCCGGUCGUCCGCCUGGCACGCUGGCCCUUGCGGCUGACCUGGGCACACUGGCUCCCCAUUGUACCGGGGGCACUAGGCUGGGAUCUGAAGACUGAGUGAGGAGCAGGAAACGCGGGGGAUGCUUCGGGUGCCAGGGUUGGGGCCAGAGCGCCCGCCACCCUCCCGCCCUCUAGGUGGGCUUGGACAUGCCUGGGGCGCGGGUUUCUCCCAGCCCAGCUGGCCGGGCAGUGCAGGACGGCGCCGCGGCGGUGAGAGGGUUAAACGGAAGGGGGUGGAGGGGAGGACCCGGACCCGGACCCCGCCUCUCUGCGGAGCAUCCUUUGGGGAUGGCUUUGCUUGGGGUUGGGAAGCCGAGAGGAGCUGGAGGGGAUGCUGGCCUCGGGCUGGCGGGAAGGGGUUAAGACCCUGUCCGGGGGUCUCCGCGCUCCUGCCCCCUGAGCCCCCUGGGAGAUGCCAGGCGCGUCGGCUCUUCGCUUCCCCAGGCUCACACACGCUCGCGGAGCCCGCCUGAAGGACGGCCCCGCCGGCGGCGGAGCGCAGCAUCCCCGCACUGGCCAAUCAAGCGCGCGCAGGCCGGGAGGCGGUGAGAUCAUCUCUGGCCAAUAGCAGGGCGCCGAGCGCAGGGAUGCUGCAUUCGCACCCCAGCACCCCCAACUCUAGGGAACUGGGGGCUCCCAGGUCGAGUUCUCCAAGGAGAAGUACAUCCUGGACUCAUCGCCAGAGAAACUCCACAAGGAAUUGGAGGAGGAGCUCAAACUCAGCAGCACGGAUCUCCGCAGCCACGCCUGGUACCACGGCCGCAUCCCCCGAGAGGUCUCGGAGACCUUGGUACAACGCAAUGGUGACUUCCUCAUCCGGGACUCACUCACCAGCCUGGGCGACUAUGUGCUCACGUGCCGCUGGCGCAACCAGGCCUUGCACUUCAAGAUCAACAAGGUGGUGGUGAAGGCAGGCGAGAGCUACACACACAUCCAGUACCUGUUUGAGCAGGAGAGCUUCGACCACGUGCCCGCCCUCGUGCGCUAUCAUGUGGGCAGCCGCAAGGCUGUGUCAGAGCAGAGUGGUGCCAUCAUCUACUGCCCGGUGAACCGCACCUUCCCACUGCGCUACCUCGAGGCCAGCUAUGGCCUGGGACAGGGGAGUAGCAAGCCCGCCAGCCCCGUCAGCCCCUCAGGCCCCAAGGGCAGCCACAUGAAGCGGCGCAGCGUCACCAUGACCGACGGGCUCACUGCCGACAAGGUCACCCGCAGCGAUGGCUGCCCCACCAGUACAUCGCUGCCCCGCCCUCGGGACUCCAUCCGCAGCUGUGCCCUCAGCAUGGACCAGAUCCCAGACCUGCACUCGCCCAUGUCGCCCAUCUCCGAGAGCCCUAGCUCUCCUGCCUACAGCACUGUAACCCGCGUCCAUGCCGCCCCUGCAGCCCCUUCUGCCACAGCAUUGCCUGCCUCCCCUGUCGCCCGCCGUUCCAGUGAGCCCCAGCUGUGUCCCAGAAGUGCCCCAAAGACCCAUGGGGAGCCAGACAAGGGCCCCCACACCAGCCCCUCCCACACCCUCUGCAAGGCCUCCCCAUCACCAUCACUCAGCAGCUACAGUGACCCGGACUCUGGCCACUACUGCCAGCUGCAGCCUCCCGUGCGUGGCAGCCGAGAGUGGGCAGCGGCUGAGGCCUCCAGCCGGCAGGCCAGAAGCUAUGGGGAGAGGCUAAAGGAACUGUCAGAAAAUGAGGCCCCUGAGGGGGACUGGGGCAAGACCUUCACAGUCCCCAUCGUAGAAGUCACUUCUUCCUUCAACCCAGCCACCUUCCAGUCACUACUGAUCCCCAGGGAUAACCGGCCGCUGGAGGUGGGCCUUCUGCGCAAGGUCAAGGAGCUGCUGGCAGAAGUGGAUGCCCGGACGCUGGCCCGGCAUGUCACCAAGGUGGACUGCCUGGUUGCUAGGAUACUGGGCGUUACCAAGGAGAUGCAGACUCUAAUGGGAGUCCACUGGGGCAUGGAACUGCUCACCCUCCCCCAUGGCCGGCAGCUACGCCUAGACCUGCUGGAAAGGUUCCACACCAUGUCCAUCAUGCUGGCCGUGGACAUCCUGGGCUGCACCGGCUCUGCGGAGGAACGGGCAGCGCUGCUGCACAAGACCAUUCAGCUGGCGGCCGAGCUGCGGGGGACUAUGGGCAACAUGUUCAGCUUUGCGGCGGUCAUGGGUGCCCUGGACAUGGCCCAGAUUUCUCGGCUGGAGCAGACAUGGGUGACCCUGCGGCAGCGACACACAGAGGGUGCCAUCCUGUACGAGAAGAAGCUCAAGCCUUUUCUCAAGAGCCUCAAUGAGGGCAAAGAAGGCCCGCCGCUGAGCAACACCACGUUUCCUCAUGUGCUGCCCCUCAUCACCCUGCUGGAGUGUGACUCAGCCCCACCAGAGGGCCCUGAGCCCUGGGGCAGCACGGAGCACGGCGUGGAGGUGGUGCUGGCCCACCUGGAGGCCGCCCGCAUGGUGGCACACCAUGGAGGCCUGUACCACACCAAUGCUGAAGUCAAGCUGCAGGGGUUCCAGGCCCGGCCGGAGCUCCUGGAGGUGUUCAGCACGGAGUUCCAGAUGCGCCUCCUCUGGGGCAGUCAGGGUGCCAGCAGCAGCCAGGCCCGGCGCUAUGAGAAGUUCGACAAGGUCCUCACUGCCCUGUCCCACAAGCUGGAACCUGCUGUCCGCUCCAGCGAGCUGUGACCCCAGGGACAUUUCCCCUCUGCAGCUGCGGACAGCGUCAGGGGCAGAGGGGCACAGACCUUUCCCCAGAGCACCCCAAGGACACUGUGAUCAACCCGAGAAUGUUCUGGGUUCAACUCAAGCAUCUCCCUUGCACCUCCAGGGUCCUGCGUGGACCCUGGGUUCCAUCCCAACUGCUACACACUCACCAGGACUCCGUUGAGGAAGAACAGGAACGCCGGUUCCUCCACCAGCUUUUGCUGCUCCCCUUCCUGCUGGGGUUCCCUGUUCUCGAGCCAUGGGAGGCAGGCUGCUCACGCCUCCUCACUCUCCGUCUGUCCCUCACCAACACCAAGGCCUCCAUCUCACUGUAAAUAAGUCUGUUCUGUAAAUAGAUGUACAGAAGCCAUGUUAUUUCUUUCAUAUAAUAAACUUUUAUGACUCUUUA